CGCCAAUUUUUUUACUGGAAUUCUAAAUUGCCGUUUCACUGUGUAAAAACAUGUUAAAUUAAGAUUGAGACAACACUAGGAUGUUAAACAGUGUAUAUACUUAAUAAAUAAUGUGUGUUACUGAUACUUGCUUUUAUUCUUUAUGAGUUUUGUUUUCAUUGGUUCGUGAUUGGUCGAACAACAGCGGAUAUAGAACAUCUGUUUACUGCUUACUGUAGCUGGGAUGCUAACUAACCAGAUACGCAAUGUCUAGCUAGUUCUUCGAGAAACACAGUCACGUUUGGUAUCGUUUUCUUCUAGAAAUAAAUUUAGGUCCGCCCUGGGAUAAGACAGCGUAAUUGUCCGCAGUAACGUUUGAGGCCAAGAUGAUCGAGGUGGUGGCCUCCAUGGCCAGAGGCCCCGUGUUUCUCGCCGGGGAGCUCAUGGAGUGUCUCAUAACAUUCACCAACCCGAUGUCCCACCUCUCCACUUCUGCCACCAGUGAGAUGCUGGCAUGGGCCAGUGCCCAGAUCCACUGCCAGUUUCAUGCUAGUGAAAGCAGAGUGGCCCUGCCGUCCCAGGGCAACAAACAGGAUGUCCAGGCUGAGAGCAACACAGUGCUUAUUCCAAACAGAGGAGAGCGAGGUCAGUGUGUGCUGGACACACCACCUAAGAUAUUAUUCUGUGACCUGCGCCUGGACCCCGGGGAGAGCAAAACCUAUUCAUACAGUGAGAUCGUACCCAUAGAUGGUCCUCCUAGUUUCCGUGGUCAGGCGGUGAAGUACGUCUACAAACUGACCAUCGGCUGCCAGAGAGUCAACUCUCCUAUCAAACUACUCAGAGUUCCCUUCAGAGUGCUGGUUCUGCAAGGCAUGCCGGAGCCUCCAUUUCCACAGGAUGAGGAGGUUUCCCCUUCCAAUCCGUUCCUAGAGGAAGAGGAAGCGAGCCGCAGGGAUGCCCGGCCUCUGGAGAGAGCACUGGACAUGCUGAUGGUCACCACCUCGAGACGCUGUCCACACAUGUUUAAUAUCACCAAUAUGCGUGGGAAAGUGGCAAAGUUCUGCAUCUUCAAGACGGUUUACAGACUCGGGGAGGACAUUAUCGGCACAUUCAACUUCUCAGAGGGAGACAUUCCUUGCUUGCAGUAUUCAGUGAGCCUUCAGAAUGAAGAGGAGAUCCAGCAGCAGUACCAGCGGCGCCCCGGACAGGUCAUCAGUGUGACUGGACACGGGCGACACAUGGAGUCCUGCCUUCACACCGCCUCCAGCCACUUCUCUCUCCCCAUCCCCCUCAACGUCACGCCGGGUUUCAGCACAGACAUAGUGAUGCUGAGAUGGCGCCUUCACUUUGAAUUCGUCACUGCCCGGGAGCCUAUGGAACCGCCCACAGUUCUGCAGAACCAAUCAGAGGUCACAGUUUGGGCCGGGGCGGAGCAUGUCGACGUGGAUACCUUCAGCUGGGAUCUGCCUAUCAAAAUCCUGCCCACCAACCCUGCCUUGGCAUCCUACAUGUCCCACUUUUCAGGGACCAACAGCAUUACUAUUUGACUGUGUGUGUGUGUGUGUGUGUGUGUGUGUGUGUGUGUGUGUGUGUGUGUGUGUGUGUGUGUGUGUGUGUGUGUGUGUGUGUGUGUGUGUGUGUGUGUGGUGACUGUGUGUGUGGGGUGACUGUGUGUGUGGGGUGACUGUGUGUGUGUUACAGAGAGAAACAGUAUUUUUAGCACAAAGAUGCACAUUAUAGGAACAAAGGAGCAUUAUGAUUUUGUUGUUUGCAUUGUACAGUAUAUGCUGAGCCAGUGAUUAGUUCCAUAUGUAUAUUAUUCAACCUAUGUUUUUUUUUUUUUCAUAUGCAUUUCGCGGCGCAUCUUAACUUUACGUAUUUCUUUUUAGACCUCAUGACGUGCAACUGUCUCUGUGGUAGCUGUGCAUUUCUGUAUUUAUUUAAUUUUUGAUUCCUUUACUCAUUUGCAGACUUUUUCGUAUUUAAAAUAUUUUUACUGUUUAACUUUUUCUUUCAGCUUGAGCAAAGGCUGUAUUGAGAUGUAAAUACUACAAGAGGAAAAAAAAAUUAAAAGUGUGAUUUAAAUUUGAUA